AUGUUCUUGGUUUUUGAUGUUUCAGGUUUAUGUACUCCAUAUGUGGCAAGGUUUCUUGCUAAAGAGCAUGACAAAGCUUCGGAAUGCCAGGUGCAUCCUUCUACUAAUGGGUGCUUUGAAGUCACACUGGAUGGAGACAAACACAGAGUUAGUUUACAAAAUAUGACUUGUACCUGCAAAAAAUAUCAAAUAUGUGGUAUUCCAUGUGAGCAUGCCUAUGGAGUGAUUCUGAAGAGGACGUUAAGUGCUGAUGACUAUGUCUGCCAGUGGUUUCGAACUGCUAUGUGGAGGCUUAACUACACAAAUGGCAUUACUCCACAAAGGGGUGCUCGUCAUUGGCCUUCGACUUUAGGUGAGAAUGUUCAUGUUCCACCUGAGCCACCACAACCUGGGAGAAAGAAGAUAACCAAGGCAGACAAGAAGAGGAAGCCAGGUGUAAAUGAGUCUCCUGUCAAGAAGAAACCAAAACAUAAAAAAAGGAUAAUGCACUGUGGAAUUUGUGGUUCUGAUCAGCAUAACCGUAGAUGA